AUGCCCGCCUGUUUGCCCGUCACUACAGACUUUUUGCCCGACAAACGGACUCUACAACAGGAUUACGUCACUUAUAGUUAUAAUUUGUUGCCCGAAGAGCAGAGUUCUGAUCGACUCCAACAGCGAUGCUAUAGAGGCGAAGAGGACGCUAAAUACCAUCAGCCAUUGUCCACAAUUCAGGUCUAUUUGGAACUGAUUUGUCAGAGACUGCAACAGGGAUUUCAGAUCAUAUUAUUGCCCAAUUUGGCUAAAGUCGGAUCAAUUGGUGGAAGGAUUCGGGAGAACUACGAAUACGCGAUGAGUAUUGGAAGGAUAUUCCAUGAAUUGAAAUUAGACGAAAAGACCAUUUAUGUGAAGAACUAUCACCCGAGACAUCCCUAUCCUGUCAUCAAAAUUCAUUACUGCUAUCGUAUAAGAACUCCAGACAAUGAGACAUAUGGUGUGUCUUGGGUUGACUUCACGAGUGAGAAACUCGAGAAUUAUAAGUGGAAUUAUUUGGAUAACUAUACGUGUCUUAAGGCUGACGAACACGAACUCCGGGAAAAUUUAAAGUACUGGCGGUUUCGGCUCUUAAUGUUACCAUCGAUGCAAUCGAUUACAAAAGCCAUUAUCGAUAAGUGCCUCUCUGGAGAAGAUGACUACCCGUGCGAUCUCUACCACGACUUCACUCCCGAAGAAAAGGUUCAAUUGCAGGAAGGAUUCAUCAAAUUCUUGGAAAUCAUUAACAGAAUCAGACGUCCGCCGAAUACACGUAAACCCGCUCUUAAAGUGGAGCACAGAAAGAAUGUGAGCUCUAAUCGACGAUUCAGUUCGAGUUCGGCUCAGUUACAGAACCUUCAAACCAAUGCAAACCGAAUGUCUCAACCCUUGGAUAUAAAUGUGGGCGAAGGGGCGCUCUUUAGAGACAACAUCCUUCUUAACCAAUCGUCUCAAACCCAAAAACCAGUGACCGCUCAACGAUUAAACAUAAAUGUCAUCAAUAAAGGCGCUGACGAGCGAUGCGACGAAAUCGAUGGACCAAUUUUGUCGACACUUGUCUGUAAGUCACCCAUAAUUGAGAGCGAAUCCAAUCCAACUGAUGACGAAACCAAUGAAAGAUUAACCAUUCAUUCCUCUCAUUCCGAUAUAAUUGAAACCAUGAAAAAGACUAAUGCGCUUAACUUUGUGACCAAAUGUGGAGGCCUUACACCCGAUACGUUCAUUAGCGCCGAAGCCGUGUUUUGGGCCAAAAAUAAUAUCGAAAAUGUAUUGACUGAAGGGAUCGCUAUUUCUCUAUUCCAGUCUAUGGUCGAGUCGGGUGUCAUUUGUCACGCAUCCGGCGAUAAGACACAAGCCUUUAAACAUGGUUUCUAUUUGUAUUGCAUUGUGGAUACAAACAGUAGGAAUCAUCUGUUCGGACACGAGAGCGAUAUUCAUAUGUUUGAGAAGGAGUGGAUGGAAGUGGCAAUUGUUCCGCAAAGCAAUUUAGCCAAGAAUUACGAGCACUGGUACAGCACUGGCAAUGAACUCUAUUCAAAUAGUCUGUCACCUGAAGUACAGGAUUUCACGUCUAAGAACACAGUCCUUGAUUUAGACGAUGGCUCUAAGAAUGGGAGAGUAGAGUGGGUUAACAUCAAGUACCACAGUGUCUACGAUCCCGAACAGGCAUUUGAAAUGGUUAUCGAAUGGAUGGUCUCCACCGGUAACUCAAUAUCAGAGAUAGUAAUGGGUUGGAGUCGAAAGGCCGCCUCUACUGGCCUUCAUUUGGGUUAG